CAAAAGAAAUUAUUUUAAAUUUUUAAAAAUCCCCUGCACUAUAUAUAGAAGUCCUUUGUGUGAAGUAAAGCUCGCGACUAAUUGCGCGUUCCUCUGUUUUCUUCUUUUUAACAGAAAUCCUCAAAAAAACCAAAAUUUCAACUCAAAAUACAUCAAUGGAUUGGGUACGAGGUGAAGCAGUAGGCCAUGGUAGCUUUGGCAAAGUCGAUUUUGCAAUACCCAAAUUGCACAAAACUCAUAUUCUUCCAUUAAUGGUGGUCAAGUCAUCUGCAGCUUCUUCAUCGGCUACCCUCAUUAACGAGAAGAUGAUCUUGGAUGAGCUUAACUCUUGCCCUUACAUUAUUCGAUGUCUAGGCGACAGCUAUACAUAUGAAAAAGGAGAAAAAUUGUACAAUGUCUUGUUGGAGUACGCUUCAGGAGGUGCCUUGUCAGAAAAGCUCAAUAAUUCCGGUGAUCGUAGGUUGCCGGAAAUUGAAAUCAGAAAAUACAGCAAGGCCUUAUUGAAAGGGCUACACUAUAUUCACAAGAGAAGAUAUGUUCACUGUGAUAUUAAACCGCAGAACAUUCUACUAGGCAAAGAUGGUCAAGUUAAAAUUGCUGAUUUCGGGUUGGCAAAGAGAGCCGAAUCAGUAAAAGAUGAUAAAUUACGAAGUGAAUUGAGGGGUACCCCAUUGUACAUGUCGCCGGAAAUGGUUACCGGCGGCGAACAGGAUACCCCCGCCGAUAUCUGGGCACUUGGGUGCGUGAUUUCUGAGAUAGCAACCGGAGUUCCAGUCUGGGGUUACUCAGAUUUAACCCAACUAUUGAUGAAAAUCGGAGUGGGUGAUGAGCUACCUGAAUUUCCGACGAAGUUAUCGGAAGAAGGAAAAGAUUUUCUUGAAAAAUGCUUGGUAAAAGACCCAAAAAAGAGAUGGACAGCUGAGAUGCUUCUAAAACACCCCUUUGUCACCGAUGAAGACGACACUGUUACACUGAAUUACAGUGGUAGUCCUUCAACAUCUCCAAGGUGCCCAUUUGAUUUCCCAGAUUGGAUAUCAGACGACUCCGUUGAAUCAUCAGUAACAAGUCAAAUUACAUCUCUGCCCUCGCCGGCGAUUCAAGAAUUGCUCAAUUUUAGCGGCGGGUCAUUAUCCACAUCACCGGCUGAAAGAUUAAGAGGAUUAAUGAAUGAACUCACAAAAUCUGAAUGGUCCGAUGCUGAUGAUAAUUGGGUCAGCAUUCGGUGAUGUCUAUCUCUAUUUUUUAAAAUUGAUUAAUACUAAAGCCAGAGUAGUAUUUAGAUUUUCAGAGUACUGAAAGAUUUUUUUUUGUUAUCAGCCCUGAUUUUUUAAUUUCUUUUUAGCUUCUUUAUGUGUAAUUAGAAAUUAAAGUUCAUUGUAUACAUAUAUAGGUUGUAAUUAGGAUUUAGGAAAUCACUUUCAAUAUUAAGACAAGUGAUUGGGACUAAACAAGGUGUAAAUUUAUAAUAGCAUUAUUUAGUGAAUUAAACAAGUU